UAUAUCAAUACUGCUAUACCAGCAACUUGUUCAGGAUAUAUAAACAGAUAUAAAGUCAAGUUUUAUGAUGACGACUUGGAAGGAAGGUAUGGCAUUACUCUAGCUAUAUGGAAGCCAAUUAAUUCAACAACAUAUGAAAUUGAUUCAUCUACAAUACAGUCAUACUCACGUCAGUUUAGUGAUAAAAGGCGUAGGAAAAGAGACACAACAGAUCGAAUAAUUUCAUUUAGUCCAUCAGUUGGUGUACGUAAUGGAAGUGUUAUAGGAGUAUAUCUGCAUAAUACUAAUCCACUACCGCUACCAGUCAUUGGAAAGAGAUCAAGUGGCAAUCCUAUUAGUGGUAAUCCUAUUGGUGCUUGUGUUACAACAACAUCAUCUAGUACUACAAUACUUACUUGUACUGGAAGCAACCAAGUGUCUACUUAUGUGAUACAUGCUGAAGCUGAUAUUACUAUAGUUGAUUGUGGUGCUCCACCAUCAGUUCUUAAUGCAGCAUACUCUCAAUUGGAUGGUGAUACACAGUAUGGAGCUAGAGCUCAAUACAACUGUAGUACUGGAUAUAAUAUUAAUGGAAAUGAUAUUAUAUCAUGUCUACUGAAUGCAUCAUGGUCUUUACCAGCUCCAUCUUGUUCAUUAGUAGACUGUGGUAAUCCUGGUGAACCAGCUAAUGGAUAUACUAAUGAUAAUGUAUUCACUUAUCAGUCUACAGUACAGUAUCAUUGUAAUGAAGGAUAUCAACUAUCAGGUGACUCUUCUAUUGAAUGUACAGCUAAUGGUAAUUGGAACAAUACACUACCAAGCUGUGCAAUAAUUAAUUGUACUGAUCCUGGUACACCCACCAAUGGAACUAGAAAUGGAAUGCAUUUGUAUUACAAUUCAACAGUUUCUUACAGUUGCAAUACUGGAUACAAUUUAACAGGAGCUGCCUCUAUUACUUGUAAUGCUACUGGCCUGUGGAGUGUACCAGUACCUUCCUGCCCUCCAGUUAAUUGUGGUGAUCCUGGUACACCUAAUAAUGGAAGCAAGAGCAGUAGUGUAUAUACUUAUAACUCAGUUAUCUAUUUCCAGUGUAAUUCUGGAUACUUCUUAUCUGGAGCAGUCUCUCUCAUUUGUCUUUCUAAUGGUUCAUGGAAUGGAUCAUUUCCUUCAUGUUUAGCUGGUUGUGGUGAUCCUGGAGUACCUGAGAAUGGACAACGCCAGGGUGAAACUUUUUCUAUUGAUUCUGCAGUUUCGUUUACUUGUGAUACUGGCUAUACAUUAACUGGCUCAAAUUCUCUCUUUUGCUUAGCUGGAGGCUCAUGGAAUGAUACAGCACCUACCUGUAAUCCAGUUAAUUGUGGUGAUCCUGGUACACCUACCAAUGGAACUAGAAAUGGAACAGUUUUUACUUUCAAUUCUACAGUAUUGUACUCAUGUGAUACUGGGUAUACUAUAACAGGAACCUCCUCUCUCACUUGUCUAUCCAAUGGUUUAUGGGAUGCAUCAGUUCCUUCAUGUGAUAUUGUUAAUUGUAGUAAUCCAGGUGAACCUACUAAUGGGAUGCUGCAAGGAGAAACUUUUACAUACAAUUCAGUAGUAACUUACAAUUGUUCUGUUGGGUAUAGUUUAACUGGAGCCACCUCACUUACUUGUUUAGCUAAUGGUUCAUGGAGUGCAUCAGUGCCUACCUGUCCUCCAGUUAAUUGUGGUGAUCCUGGUACACCUAUUAAUGGCAGCAAGAGCAGCAGUGUUUAUACUUAUAGCUCAAUAGUAUCUUAUCAGUGUAUUAGUGGAUACUCCAUAUCAGGAGCUGAUACUCUGUCAUGCUUAUAUAAUGGUUCAUGGAAUGGUUCAGUUCCUUAUUGCUAUCCUGACUGUAUUGAUCCUGGUGAUCUCUCUAAUGGACAAAGAACUGGUGAUACUUUUAACUACAAUUCAGUUUUAUCAUACACUUGUAACACUGGGUACAAUCUAACAGGAGAAAGCUCAAUUACUUGCCUAUCUAAUGGUACAUGGA